CACUUUCAGACCACUUAAAAGUCAAGAUAUUAAAGGCUAUUAAUUAAAUAAUAUGUUACUACUGCUCAAAUCUGUGUAUUCAAAUAAACAAGUAAAUAAAUAAUGCACUAAUGCAGUAUUAAUUAAUAAUUAUACGACAACAACUGUGAUUGUUAUUCAAUAUUGAAUAUUUAUAGAUAAGUAAUUAUAGGUACAUACUAAUUUUUAGUUGGUACUUGGUACAUGCUCAUUAUUGUUUAUAUUUUUAAUAACACCAGAUAAAAAUAUUAAAUUAGAUAUAGUCAUAUAGAAGAAAAAAUAAUACUUGAGCUUAUGACGAAAUUACUAACUCAAUUACAACAUACAAGAUUAUUAUAAGAUAAUAAGCCAUUUGAAACAAAAUCGGAAUGUUAUUAAAGUUUUCAAAAUAAAAACUAUAAUACCGCUCAAUACUAUCUGCUACAGACAAAUUGAAUGAUUUUCUUGCUCAAAGACAGUAAAUUUUCUAUUUCAUGUCAAGCACUCAUCAUCCCAUUUGGCAUCCGACAAGAAAAAUUUUUGCGGGAUUCACCUCACUUGCAAUUGAUUUAGGCUCUACUGAUGACUAGGUACAGAUUUAUAAUGAGGUCUGAUUUUUUGACUGAUACGUUUUGCUGAAAUCACGGGAAAAAAGACCACAGAAAAAAAAUAAUUAUUAACUAAAAUGAAUCGUCGAGCUUUCAAGUUGAUAACAUUUGAUAUAACUGGUACUUUAUUUAAAUAUCGAAGUUCUCCUGCUAUAGAAUACUCUAAUGUACUAAAUAAAUAUGGCUUAGAAGUAAAAAUAUCAACUCUUGAGCAUUUGAUUAAUAAAAAUUGGACAUUCAUGACAAAAGCACAUCCAAAUUUUGGCCUUUAUACUGGCCUUGAAUGGGAAAACUAUUGGAGAAUUUAUGCACAAAAUGUUUUUAGCAAAGCAUUUCAGAUAGAAAAUAUCACUGACAAUGUACCUCUGACAGAUAUAAUUGACGAUUUGAUGAUGACGUACAGUACUGGAGAAACAUUUAAAGUACAAAAUGGAGCUAUUGAGCUGUUGGAGUAUUUAAAAAAAGAACAAAUACCAUUGGGAGUCUUGUCUAAUUAUGACCCAAGAAUUAAAUCUAUGAUAACAAAUCUUGGUCUCUCUCAUUAUUUUAAAUUUAUUUUGUCAUCAUACGAAGUGAGGUCUGAGAAGCCUGAUAUUAAAAUAUUCAGAAAAGCUGAAUCAUACAUUGAACAAGGUUUAAAUCGUGAGUUAUUUUUGCAUGUUGGUGACUCUUAUUUGUUGGAUUUUAAAGGUGCGAAAAAUGCAGGGUGGUCUGCAUGUUUAGUUCAUACAAAUAAAAAUAUAAUUGAACAGUAUCCAUGUGUGAGCGGUUGUAUAUUUGAUGAUUUUGCAGCUUUAAAAAGGUUUUUAAAGACAUGCAGUGCAAAACAAAUGUUCUCUGAACAAUAAAAUUGACAUUUUGAACAUUUGUAUUCUUUCAACCAUGAUUGAACUUUUGUUUUGUAUUGGUUAAGUUUUUUUAGUAAAAUUGACUUAUAAAACACUUGUUUACCUGUUCAUUAAUUUUUUUGUUAUUGUAAAACAAUUUUUUUUUUAAAUAAGUAUGAACUGUAUAGAAUAAAUGUAUUAUAACA